CCGGACUUCCAUCAUCAACAACUGCUCCCAUUUCCCAAUCCAACCAAAAAGCCCAUUGGCUGUUACCUUAUCAUAUACAACCCAUAUAUUUUCACACCAACAGUUAAAUAUGAAUAAUUUUGUUUAUUUGAUUUCAGUCAUAAAAUUAAAAAUUCACCUUUCAGAAAAAAAGCGAUUCCAGUUGCGAAAUGGCUGGCUUAUCCCUAAAACUAGAAUCAUGCUAUGAGACAAUGAACUAACCUAAGAAUCUUUGACCUAAUGAGGUUUUCUCUUCCUUAAACAGCAUUUUGUUGUGAUAUAAAGUGUUAAAAGUGGUGUGUGUGUGUAUAUAAUACUCAAAAUAAAGAACCCAACCUUAGGUUUGGAUUGGUUGUUCAGUUUAAAGGCCAUACACGAAUCGAUCCUGUAGAAUGUCAAUGAAGUAAAAGCAGGCAUUUUGAACUAAACAUAGACCCCUAGAUAUUCUCCCAUGGAGCCCUAUAUACAUGGCACUUGUAGAUUUCAAAGUCCAAGGGAUUCUCCUCCAUUCACUGGAUAUAAUAGAAUAACCACAAUUAUCCAAAAUAGGUGUUUAUUUUUUGUAAAAGCAGAGAGGUAUCUUUAUUCUCUAGUCACCUACUCAGGCUUUUAGAUUAGUCUAAAAAUUAAGAAUUCUCCACUAAGACUGAUAUAUAUAUUAGGAGAAUAGGAACAAGUUCUUCAAGCAAUUAAGUAAAAUAUUAUUAGAAUAAAUGCAUGUCUUCUUUCCCACAAGCAUAUAAUUAAGGAUCAGCAACUCAAAAAGCAGAAGAAAAUGCAUUAUAUAUAUCAAAGUCCACGGUGCCCUUAGGUGUCAGUGAUGACAACCUAGUCUUUCAGUGAUCGAACAACUAAAGACACUAGGUGUUGGAUCGUGCAUGAGGUGCAGUGUGGGAUACAAAAACUCAUGCACUUCCCCACCUUCUUUCUUUUUUCCUUUCUUGACUUUUUGUUUAUUCUUUCAAGAAUGAUAUUGCGAGUCUUUGAUUCGUGUUUGAUGACCUAGCCUCCAACUCCCCUUAUUGAACAGCAAGCGUAGAAAUAUCGCCACCUUCUUUUUCUAUCAUAACCUCUGAAAGACAGGAAGAAAGAGCCAUUGAGAGAAGGAUGAAAAUGAGAGCUUCACUCGCUUUUAUUCUCAUCCUUCUGCUGCUUGCAGCUGCUUGCUCUGGGUACAGUGAUUUUGAAAUGCUAUUGAAGCUGAAAACCUCCAUGCUCGGACCAUAUGGUCGUGGCUUGGAGGACUGGAUGCUCUCGCCGUCUUCCUCUGCUCACUGCUCCUUCUCCGGAGUUACUUGCAAUGAGGAUUCACGGGUUGUGUCUCUCAAUCUCUCAUCUCAUUGCCUUCUCUCCGGUUUCAUUCCUCCAGAAAUUGGGCUCUUGAACAAGCUCGUCAACCUCACUCUCUCUUCACACAAUCUCUCUGGAAGGCUCCCUUUGGAAAUGGCUGAGCUCACUUCUCUUAGGAUUUUCAACAUUUCCAAUAAUGUCUUCGUUGGCGAUUUCCCUCGAGAGAUCACGCUUGGUAUGACUCAGCUUGAGAUCCUUGACAUUUACAACAAUAACUUCUACGGUCCAUUGCCGCUGGACCUCGUGCACCUGAAGAAUCUCAAGCAUCUUCAUCUUGGCGGGAACUACUUUUCAGGCUCGAUACCGGAGUCAUACUCGGAGAUUCAGAGUUUAGAGUACUUGGGCUUGAAUGGAAAUGAACUCUCCGGCAAGGUCCCUUCAAGCUUGGCUAAGUUAAAGAAUCUUAGGAACUUGUACGUUGGAUACUAUAGCACUUACGAAGGAGGUAUUCCACAGGAUUUUGGGUCGUUGAGUUCGCUUGAAGUUCUUGACAUGGCUUCCUGUAAUCUUACAGGCGAGAUUCCUCCAAGCUUAGGCAAAUUAAAGCGCCUGCAUUCCUUGUUUCUUCAAAUGAAUAGUCUCUCGGGUUUUAUCCCUCCUGAACUCUCCAGUUUAAUUGGCUUGAAAUCUCUUGAUCUUUCGAAUAAUGGCCUCACUGGAGAGAUACCAGAGAGCUUUUCAGAAUUGAAGAACAUUACCCUAAUCCAUCUGUUUAAUAACAACAUGUAUGGUCAAAUUCCGGAAUUUAUUGGCGAUUUUCCAAAUCUUGAGGUGCUUCAUGCAUGGGGAAACAACUUCACGUUUGAGCUCCCGAAAAAUCUUGGCCGAAACGGGAAACUGAAGAUGCUGGACGUGUCUUUCAAUCAUCUGACGGGUCUGAUUCCUCGGGAUUUAUGCAAAGGAGGGAAAUUGCAGGAGUUGAUUCUCAUGGAUAAUUUCUUCCUUGGGUCGCUUCCUGAGGAAUUUGGCCGGUGCAAGUCCUUGUCCAAAAUCCUAAUCAAGAAUAACCUCCUGACAGGGACUAUCCCUGCUGGAAUAUUUAAUCUGCCGUUGGUGACGGUGGUUGAGUUGAAUGACAACUACUUCUCUGGAGAACUCCCUUCUGAAAUGUCAGGAAAUAAAGUCGGGCUGUUGACGAUUUCUAACAAUCGAAUAACCGGAAAAAUCCCACCGGCGUUUGGGAAAUUGCAUAAUUUACAAAUUUUGUCGCUUGGUGUCAACAGAUUUUCUGGCGAAAUUCCUAGCCAAAUCUUCAAUCUCAAGUACCUCACCACAAUCAACAUCAGCAGAAACAACCUGAGCGGUGAAAUCUCACCUUCAAUUACCCAGUGCGCUUCUCUAACGUCAGUUGAUUUCAGUCGAAACAGGCUCCAAGGCCAGAUUCCAAAAGGAAUGGCAAAACUGAAGGAUUUGAGUAUCCUCAACAUCUCUCAAAAUCAGCUUACCGGCCAAAUACCUGGCGACAUUCGGUACAUGCAGAGCCUCACAACUCUCGAUUUCACCUACAACAAUCUACAGGGCAGAAUUCCAGCAGGAGGGCAGUUUCUGGUGUUCAAUGAAAGCUCCUUCGCAGGAAACCCCAGUUUAUGUGCACCACGCCAAGCUUCUUGCCCAUCUCUCGUAAGUAUGCUUCGAGGUUCAAGUCAUGGCCACACAGCGUCGUUCAGCACGUCGAAGCUAAUAAUCACAGACAUUGGACUUGUCAUUGCUUUAAUGCUAAUAAUCAUGAUGGUUUAUAAAAUGAGGAAGAAAAUGCUCGAGAAAUCAAGGGCUUGGAAGCUAACCGCAUUCCAACGGCUUGAUUUCAAAGCAGAGGACGUGCUGGAAUGCUUAAAAGAAGAGAACAUCAUAGGCAAAGGUGGUGCUGGGAUCUUCUACCAUGGAUCCAUGCCGGAUGGUGUUGAGGUAGCAAUCAAACUACUGGGGGGCAGAGAAAGCGGAAUAAGCGACCAUGGCUUCUCUGCCGAGAUUCAAACUCUUGGACGAAUCAGGCACCGAUAUAUCGUGAGGCUUCUGGGUUACAUAUCGAACAAGGAUACGAAUUUAUUAUUAUACCAGUACAUGCCUAACGGGAGCUUAAGGGAACUGUUGCAUGGACCCAGGGGAGGGCAUUUGGAGUGGGAGACGAGGUACAGAAUCGCCGUUGAGGCGGCGAAGGGGCUUUGUCAUCUUCACCAUGAUUGCUCACCUCCGAUACUACACAGGGAUGUGAAGUCCAACAAUAUCUUGCUUGAUUCAGACUUUGAAGCUCAUGUGGCAGGCUUUAGGCAGGCCAUGUUCCUGCAGGAAGCUGGUGCAUCGGAGUUGAUGUCCUCCACUGUUGGAUCCUAUGGUUACAUCGCACCAGAAUACGCUUACACUCUUAGGGUUGACGAGAAAAGCGAUGUGUACAGUUUCGGUGUGGUGCUGCUGGAACUAAUAACAGGGAGAAAGCCAGUGAAGGAGUUUGGAGAUGGAGUGGACAUAGUGAGAUGGGUGAGGAAAACUACAUCAGAAGUCUCUCAACCGUCGGAUGCAGCUUCAGUAUUGACAAUUGUGGACUCUAGGCUUAUUGGGUACCCACUAACAGGGGUGAUUCGUCUGUUUAAGAUUGCUAUGUUGUGCGUUGAGGAUGACAGCUCUGCUAGGCCUACCAUGAGGGAAAUUGUUCAUAUGCUUACGAAUCCUCCCUAGGGUGCCCCAAGCCUCCGCACUCUUUAAGCCUGUGAACGAUAUGUUUGUAGCAAUAAAGCAAACAAAUAGUAGUAAGCUUGUGAAAUUUAAAGAUUGCUCUCGUGUAUUAGUUUACCAUGGAUUGAGGCUUGAAAAUAGUUUUUAUGGCUCUAAAUGAAAUUAUUGUUGUAAUUA